AACGGCUCGCACUACGCCCUGACGGCCAUAGGGCUGGGGAUGCUGGUCCUGGGCGUCAUCAUGGCCAUCUGGAACCUCGUCCCCGGCUUCGGCCCUGAGGAAAAACUCACCAUCUACGCCGGGAACAGCAGCAAGCCCGAUCGCGGCACCGGGGGCAUUCUGAAGAGCAAGACCUUCUCAGUGGCGUACGUGCUGGUGGGAGCGGGCUUGCUGCUGCUGCUGCUCUCCCUCUGCCUGUCUCUCCGGGACAAGAAGAGGCACAGCGAGGAGAUGGCUCGCGUGCAGCACCAGCCGUCGGCAGAGCCCUCGCAGCAGGGGGACAGUGAAGAAGAGGAGGAGGAAGACAGGUCUUCCCAGUACUACGUCCCCAGCUACGAGGAGGUGAUGAACACAAGCUAUUCUGAGCCCAGAGACUUGGACAGGAGCAACAGGAUCAGCAUCUCCCUGCCCUCCUACGAGUCCCUGACGGGGCUCGACGAAAGCACCCAGGCGUCGGGAGCUGCCGGCGCGGAGCCCGGGCCGGAGAGGGCGGCCAGGAGAAAGCGCCAGAGAGCCAGCCAAAGACUUAGAGAGGAAUCUGUGAUGCCGCCGGGUUUCUGGGGGGGGGGUGGAAAAAAACACACCAAGAGGGGCUCGCUCUGUGGGUGCGGAAGCGAGGAAGGCAAACCACGUCGCCAGAGCAGCACUGCAGCUUUCCCUCGCUCCCGUCUGGGGCCGGGCUGGUGGCCCGUGGCCAGUCCCGACGGCUGCCGAGGUCCGUGCUUGCUGGUGGCCCUGCGCUCCUCAGGGAGAGGAUGGAUUUCUUGCCUCGCUGGCCUCUGUCGUGUGCUGUGCUCCGAUGCGAAGGGACGGCGCGGUUGA